AUGAGCAAAAGGAAACAAAUUGAUAUUUCCUCCUAUUUUGGUGGGGCAGCCAUAAGUUCAAAGGACGUCUGCACGACUGAAAAACCUGCAACCGCUGCCAAGGUUAGUAAGAGAGUUUUGCACGUAUCAACCGCAGAAAAAUGGAAAACCACGCAACUAGCAGUAUAUAAUGCAGAGGACUGGCUGCUUUUUUUAAAAGACACUGAUGCAAACCAAGUAAAAGCAUUGAAAUACAGUGCAUGUACAAGAUAUUAUACACAAAUUUCAGGUGUCAAGGGUUUUUCUCCACAGUGGUCAUCGGAUGAAGGAUGCACGCGACUUAUGUUGUCAAGCGCAACAGAUCAUGCCACCAGUGAACCCCAUAAACAGGCAAUGAUUCUGGUUAUGAAUCAAAAAGGUAUGAACGUAUCAGAGCGUUCUAAAGCCAUGCAGGGUGUCCUUGACUCGCAAAAGCAAGGAAGCUUUUUGUCUGCCCUCGCGACACUUAAUGAACAAGACUUAGAAAGAACGAAGAAGAAAUUUCAAAUCGCAUACUACAUCGCGAAAGAGGAACUGCCUAUUGUGAAGUAUAGUACAAUGUUGGACCUUGAAGAGAGACUUGGAGUUGAUAUUGGUACAGCAUACCGUAACAACAACUCUGGGGGAGUGUUUAUGGAUUACAUAAGUGAGAGUAUUGCGGAGGAAUUAAAACAGCAACUAGCUAAAGUUCACUUUUACAGUGUCUUAACAGAUGGCUCUACUGAUGCGGCUACGUCUGAAAAUGAAGCUGUGUUUGUGGUUCAUUUCGAUCCGGAUCCUCCGGGAUGUGACAAAGUCAAAGUUGUUGUAAGUUUCCUCAAGCUUAACUUCCUACAAACUGCUGGAGCAACCGGGAUAGUAGAAAGUAUUAAAGAAAGCUUCAAAGCAGUGUCAAUUGAUGAUUUAUUCCAUAAAUUAGUUGGUUUUGGAGCCGAUGGGGCAAAUGUGAAUAAAGGUAACAAAGAAGGUGUAAAGGCAAUUUUAAGAAGAGAAAACCCAUGGUUGAAUUUUGGUUGGUGCGUUGCACACCGCCUUGAAUUGUCACUGAAGGAUAGUUUGCAAGGGACCGUGUUCGACGAAAUUGAUGAGGUGAUUUUGCGUAUGCACUAUCUGUAUAAGCAAGUGUUAGGAUUACAUCUAUUUCCCUGCGAUACAAAGAGUUUAAAACACAACAACAAAGGUUAUAUUAUAAGACAAUGA